AUGGCGCUACUGCACAAGCUGAGGAGGGAAAAGGAGGCGGCUGUGGGGGGUGUCGUACCCUCGGGCACGUUCCGUACAAAGGACGGUCGGUAUGUCGUGAUUGGGGGCAACGGAGAUAGCGUUUACUCCCGCCUUAUGGCCGCCAUCGGCCGCCCUGACAUGUCCGCCGCCAACCCCACAUACGCGACCAACUCAUUGAGGGUGGCGGCGGAGGGGGCGAUCAUGGAGCAGAUCGAGCAGUGGGCGGAAAAACACACACUGGAGGAGGUCAUGGCCGCCAUGACCAAGGCCCGAGUUCCCGCCGGUCCCAUACUCUCCCCCGCUGCGAUUAUGGCGGAGCCUCAAUUUCAGGCCCGCGGCAUGAUCCACUCCGCCUCCCCCCCCUCCGGCGGGGACCCCGUCACCAUGCCGGCACUGCUGCCGGUGCUGAGCCGUACACCGGGUACGACACGGUGGGCUGGUCCCGAGCUCGGCGAGCACACUGAGGAGGUGUUGAGGGGGGAGUUGGGGCUGGGGGAUGAGGAGCUGGCGAAUCUGAGGGCGGUGGGGGCUAUUUGA